CGGAGGAGCCAAUCAGAGUCCCUGCCUGCGACCCACUGCAGCUACCGUACAUAAAGGAGCCGAGGCGCGAGAGAGAGAGAGCGAGAGAGCGAGAGAGAGAGAGAGCGUGAGAGCGAGAGAGAGAGAGAGAGAGAGAGAGAGAGACUCUUCGCGUGCCUCCCAGACCCCCAGCACCCCCUUGCGCUCCAAAACCCAAAGCCCACCCUUUCCAAAGACCCCCAUUUUAUCCAUCCAUCCAUCCACCCCCCACCUCCACCCCAAAGUCCUUCUAAUGCACUCUUCCAGCAGCUUUUCCCACCUGCCGCGGUAAAGGCGGAGGGGGCACGCGCACUGGUGCCUGACAAGAGAGGAGGAGCACGAGGAGAGCAGAAGAGGAGGAGGACGCACGGCCAGGACGCACGGCCCCAUUACGCACGGUCAUUACGCACGGUUAUUACGCACGGUUUUUACGCACGGCUCCGCGACGGUUAGGACGCGUCCGACCAUGAUGCUGCUGGCCAGAUCCGCUCUCCUGGCCGCCCUGACCCUCUCCCUGGCGCUGGCCUGCGGGCCGGGCAGGGGCUACGGGCGCAGGAAGCAUCCCAAGAAGCUCACGCCGCUCGCCUACAAGCAGUUCAUCCCGAACGUGGCCGAGAAGACGCUGGGCGCCAGCGGCAGGUACGAGGGCAAGAUCACGCGGAAUUCCGAGAGGUUCAAGGAGCUCAUCCCCAACUACAACCCCGACAUCAUCUUUAAGGACGAGGAGAACACGGGCGCGGACCGCCUCAUGACUCAGAGGUGCAAAGACAAGCUGAACUCACUGGCCAUCUCGGUAAUGAACCAGUGGCCGGGGGUCAAGCUGAGGGUCACCGAAGGCUGGGACGAAGACGGACACCACUUUGAGGAGUCCCUGCACUACGAGGGCCGGGCCGUGGACAUCACCACCUCCGACCGGGACAAGAGUAAAUACGGGAUGCUCUCCAGGCUGGCGGUGGAGGCCGGCUUCGACUGGGUUUACUACGAGUCCAAAGCCCAUAUCCACUGCUCCGUCAAAGCAGAGAACUCGGUGGCCGCCAAGUCCGGAGGCUGUUUCCCAGGAACCUCGCAGGUCCAGCUGAAGGACGGACGGAAGAAGGCCGUGAUGGACCUGAAGCCCGGAGACACGGUGCUAGCCGCAGACGAAGCCGGGAAGCUGGUCUACAGCGACUUUGUCAUGUUCACGGACCGAGACCCGUCCACCAGAAGAGUGUUUUACGUGAUAGAAACCAAAGCCCAGAAGAUCACGCUGACCGCAGCCCACCUGAUCUUCGUCCUUGACAACUCGACUGACGGCAUCCAGGCCAUGAGGGCCACGUUCGCCAGCGAGGUCAAACCCGGACAGAAGGUGCUGGUCCUCAGUGGCGACGGAGGUCGGCUGAGCCCUGUGGUCGUAGAAAGGAUAUACAUGGAGGAGCACCAAGGCUCAUACGCACCGGUCACUUCUCACGGCACCAUCCUGGUGGACCGCGUUCUGGCGUCUUGCUACGCAGUCAUCCAGGACCACAGACUAGCCCACUGGGCCUUCGCCCCGGUCAGGUUAGCUUACGGCUUGUCCUCGUUUUUACUCCCACAGAGCUCCCAGCUGUCAAACUCGACCGCACAGCCGGAUGGAAUCCACUGGUACUCCAGGCUGCUCUACCGAAUGGGAACUUGGCUCCUGGACAAGCGCUCGCUUCAUCCGCUGGGCAUGCCUGCACAGUCCAGCUGAAAAAGACUUGUGUGGACAUUUCAAACUAAUGUAGGAUAUAAGACAAUAUUAGUAUAUAAAAACAGAGAGAGAGAGAGAGAGAGAGAGAGAGAGAGAGGCCCCAGGCAGAGGUGGGAUAUUUAUUUCACUGACUUUUACAUUUGUCAUUUAAAAAAAAGAGUUAAAAAAAGAAAGAAAGAGUAAGAAAGAAAGAAACGGAGCCUUAAAAGUUAUCUUUGAAUAAUUUAUUCUCGUGUGAACUGAAGGCUGGCCACACUCAAAUGGAGUCUAAUUCAGUGGGACCAGCCAGAUGUGCAGAAUCUAUUUUUGUAUAUUUGAAGUAAACUGGAGAGAAAAGUUAAAAAAAGCAAAUAAAUAAAAUAAAAAAACCAUAAAAAAACAAACAAAAUACAAAAAUAACUGCAAAAACGGAAAAAAAUCCUGUAAAAUGGUAGAAAAGGAGAAACUUCUGGACAGGCUGUAAUGUUCUGUGCAUAUGUGCAACUGACUGUUAUAUUUUGGGGGACGAGCAAAACUUUGUGGGGGCCAUAAAUUAUAUUUUUAUACACAGAAUUGUAAAUGAGUAGAUUUUGACCGAUCGUUUCCUGAAAUCACGUUUCUUCGUUUUUGUUUGUUUGUUUUUUUUAAAUAGUGUAAAUUUGAGGAGAAUUCUAUUUUAAUUUAAAUCAGCGACCCUGUGCUGUUCUGCUCAGUAAGGUUUUCCGCUCACUUCUCUCUUCAUCCUUUUCCUCUGGCUUUUUUUUUUUUAAACCUUUUCUAUUUCUAUUUUUUCUUGGGAGAAAAUAGAAAAUGCACAUUUUUGACAAUUCAGUAGUCUAACAUCGUAGCUACGGAGCAGCUUUUCUGUUUAAUAAAUUAAUAAGUAACUCAUGGAAAUUUGCAAAAUGUAUUUUUUGUUUUUUUCUUUGUUUUGUUUUGUUUUUUCAUAUUUUGUAAUAGGUAAAUAGUUUUUUAGAGGAAUUAAAAUGUAGCAGAUGCACAGUUGUUCCAGGCUGGUAGCCCAUCAUAGCGAGGCCUCAAUGUGUCAGCAAAUGCAUAGAAAUUAUUAUUUAUAUGUUUAUUAUAAAAUGU